UCUCCCAUCCCCUUGCUUGCACUCGGUCUCCUCCUCGCGAGGCCGCAGCGGCGCUGUCUGGGGCCGCCCUCCCGCCUUGGCUCGCUUCCUAGCAGCGGCGGCGGCGGGAAGGAGCCGUGGCGGCCACCGCCCGGCAGGCGAAGCGAUGGCGUCGUGUGUGGGGAGCCGGACCCUCAGCAAGAACGACGUGAACUACCGGCUGCACUUCCGCAUGAUCAACGAGCAGCAGGUGGAGGACAUCACGCUGGAGUUCUUCUACCGGCCCCACACCAUCACCCUGCUCAGCUUCACCAUCCUCAGCCUCAUGGCCUUCGCCUUCACCAGGGAUGAUUCAACCCCAGAAGAUAAUAUUUGGAAAGGCGUCCUCUCUGUGAUUUUCUUCUUUCUAAUCAUCAGUGUAUUAGCUUUUCCAAAUGGCCCUUUUACUCGCCCACACCCUGCAAUAUGGCGCAUGGUUUUUGGUUUGAGUGUUCUUUAUUUUCUGUUUCUGGUGUUCCUGCUCUUUCUUAACUUCGAGCAGGUGAAAUCAGUGAUGUACUGGCUGGACCCUAAUCUCCGAUAUGCGACAAGAGAAGCAGAUAUCAUGGAAUAUGCUGUGAAUUGCCAUGUUAUCACUUGGGAGCGAAUCCUGAGCCAUUUUGAUAUCUUUGCUUUUGGGCAUUUCUGGGGAUGGGCAAUGAAGGCUUUGUUGAUCCGCAGCUAUGGGCUUUGCUGGACUAUUAGCAUCACCUGGGAGCUCACUGAGCUGUUCUUCAUGCAUCUACUGCCUAAUUUUGCUGAAUGCUGGUGGGAUCAAGUCAUUUUGGACAUCCUGCUAUGUAACGGGGGUGGCAUCUGGUUGGGUAUGGUAGUUUGUCGUUUCUUGGAGAUGAGGACCUAUCACUGGGCAAGUUUCAAGGACAUUCACACCACCACAGGUAAAAUUAAAAGAGCGGUGCUGCAAUUCACUCCAGCAAGCUGGACGUAUGUUCGCUGGUUUGAUCCCAAGUCUUCAUUUCAGAGAGUGGCUGGAGUAUACCUUUUCAUGAUUAUCUGGCAGCUGACUGAGUUGAAUACAUUUUUCUUGAAACAUAUCUUUGUUUUCCAAGCAAGUCACCCUUUAAGUUGGGGUAGGAUCCUCUUCAUUGGAAUCAUCACUGCGCCCACCGUGAGACAGUACUAUGCGUACCUCACAGACACACAGUGCAAAAGGGUUGGAACGCAGUGCUGGGUAUUUGGGGUUAUCGGUUUUCUUGAAGCCAUUGUGUGCAUCAAAUUUGGUCAAGAGCUCUUCUCCAAAACACAAAUAUUAUAUGUUGUGUUUUGGCUCCUCUGUGUAGCUGUUACGACUUUUCUGUGUUUAUAUGGAAUGGUUUGGUAUGCAGAUCAUUACGGACAGCGAGAAAAGACUUUAUCAGAAAGCGAGGACAGCUCAUACAUCCCAGAUGCUUGCUGGCUUAACUCUAAGUUUACUAGAGGAAUGGAAGACAGUCCACCUAAACACUCAAGCAACAGCGAAAGCCAUUCAUCUAGAAGACGGAAUCGCCAUUCAAAAACAAAAGUAACCAAUGGGAUUGGCAAGAGAUAGGGAAACAGACUGCUUCUAGGUUUGUCCCGGAAGUGUGCUUGAGAGCAAAGAAGCAAAACUGGGCCUGGUGCUGAAUUCCCUGCUUGAAGGCCAACGAGAAGUGAAGGAGAAGGAGGAGGAGGACAACAUCUUCAGCAACCAGAGGCCUCCACCUUUGUUGAGAUGGAGCUCAUCCAUGUAUUACCAGUCAUUCGCUGCUAUCACUUGCCAGUCACUGGUUUCAGUCUAACCUCUUCUGCAUUUGACACUCAAAACAGUAGUAAUGUGUUUAAAGGCAAAAUAGUUGCUUGCUCCUGAGGGGUUUGUGUGAUAGUCUUUGUUCCAGUAGUGUGAAUGCCUUCUGAAGGCCUUUCUUUAGAUGAGAAUGAUAACCCAAAGUUAACUAACAACCAGUUGGUUUUGUUUGUUGUUUGGUUGUAGGGGUUUAAACAAUUGUUUUACAUUUUUGUUUGUUUUAAUACUUCUUUUGACUGAAAGCUGUUCUGCCUUUGUUCUCAAUCUGACAGCUUGCCUGUGCUUUUUAAAGAAAAAAAGAGUUCCACAUUUCAAUCAGCAGGGUGCUAUUAGGAAGUGUUUUCCUGGUUUUGGACAGUUAGUUAUAUGGUUUCUAACUCAUUUAACUCUGCUAAAUGUUCGUUGUGUUCACUCCUAUCUCAGAAUAUCAUGGAUUCUGUUACCCAGGAAGGGUCUCCUGCUCCAGGGACAUAGGUCUAAUUGUGUAUAUAUACACAUUGUUUGUUUUCUUGCAGCUCCAAUGUUUCCUGUGUAUUAUCAUCGCUUUAGCUGCACCUUGCUUAUUCAAACCUUUUUCUCUCUAUAGACCUCAGCUUCUAGCUGCAGCAAAAUGAUCCCAGUUUUAAAGCAAGCUUCUUGUUAGAGGCUUUGGAAUCCCCAGUUGGCCUGAUAAGAUGGCUUAUCCAGAAGAGUACGAUAGCUUCCUGGAUGUUCUUCAUUCUUUAAAUUUAUAAUCAUUUAUACACGUUCACUCCACUUAUUCUUUCAUAGCUUAGACUCAGUUUCGGAAAGCUCAAACAGUUUUGUUUCAUUGUUUCUUGAAAAGGGAAAAUUAAAUUCUUAAAUACAAAAUUGGUAAACUGGGUAAUUCCUAAAAAAAACGCAACAGUUCUAAUAAUGAAGUAUUAAACCCUGAGGCUUAUUUAGAUCUUGUGCUUAAACGGUCAGAACCGGGACAAUUUUGCUUAGACUUUCUCUCUUGUGUUCAGUGGGUAUUUCUUUGCAUGUGCCAACUAGGUUGUAGGACUGAUAACUCCAUAAGAAUUGGCAAAGGUGACAAGUUAGGUAAGAACCCACAUCUUUCCAGUAACUAACAACUAAGCUUCCUGUGGAAAGUGCUGUUUGCUGUGAUAUGCCACAAGAUACACACCACAAGAUCUGAAAGACUGCAAGGACUUCAGCAGACAAGUGACGUGACUGUAAAUAGAAAAAAGAACACCAUAAUCCAUGACUUUAUGUGCCACAGAGAAUCAGCUUUUUGAAUACACUUGCUGUGUAGCUGCUAAUCCACAGAAAGCUCUGUUUUUUCAAUCAUAAAUGUGCAAACUCUUGCAUCAAAAGCUGCUAUAUCCUCUUUGCUGCAACUAUGCUAAAUGGGGAAUGUGCACUCAGAACAUCUCCCCCCCCCCCCCAAAUAUUGCUUUUCUCAUUCAUGGUCUCCAAAUUGUGUAUCAUUACCUCCAUGUAUUCUUAGCAUGCUGCAUAAUUCUUGAAUGUAUUUGGUCUGGACUCUCCAGUUCAUUCAGUCUUAGCUCUUAAUUCCUUAAGAGUUGGUUCCAACAAGGCAGACCAAUGUGAUUUUUCUGUUUAUUCAAGACCAAAGCCAGAAGAUGUUAAUGUUCCUGCAAACAUUUCGUCUGUUCAUUUUAGUGUUGCUAUCCACAUUCCCAUAGAGACUGCCCUGUUUUGCAGAGCCUAGGUUGUGCAAUAAUAAUAAUAAUAAUAAUAAAUAAUAAUAAUUCUGCCUGUUGAAAUCAAUAAUAAUGUACUUACUCUCUUCAUGAGAGACACCGCCCUUGGAACACAGUGCAGCUUCAUGUACAAAAGCCAGAUUUAUCAAUUGAAACGAGCGCUUGUGUAUACAGAAACCUACAUUGUACACCGUGUACAUGCAAAACCAGAAUUGGCAUAAACAUUUACUAGGGAUGGGAUAAAAAAGGUCAUGUGGAGUAGAUGGGAUGUGCUUAGGGGUAGGGAUGUACACGGAGCUGGUGAGAGGCAGCUUGAGUGGGGAUGCCUUUAAGGGUGGGGGAAGGUGAUCUUAACCCUCCCACCCCAUUUUCCCCACUGGCAGUGCAGUUUAAAAGGGUCUGGCGGGGUGGCAGCCAGGUGUGCAUGAGCACGAUGUGCACACACGCAUCCGGCACUUCUGGUCCAACGGGGGCAGCUGGGAGGUAUGCUGCCGCCCUGCUGGAUCCUUUUAAACUGCAGUGCCAGUGGGGGAAAUGCGGCGGGAGGGGUAAGAGCACCACCCCCCACCCUUAAUGGUAUCCCCCCUCCACCUUCAAAUCGGCUUGAAUGCCGGUCCAUGGAACUGGCUCGGCGCUCCUAGAAUGGAGCACAUCCUUACUUAGGGGCGGUUCAGCCUUCCAGCAGUAACUCCCUGCAGCUUCUGGAAAGUUCGCCUGAAGAUUGAAGAGCCCUCCAGAGCAGCAAUCUACAAGGCAUUUAGGGGCUACUAGUGGAAGGGCAAACCAGCAGCACACACAAUUCUGUGCAUGCACAAAAGUGCUUUGUAUAUACACUCUGGCCUCUUUGGAUCCUAACCCCUGUAACCUAUUGUAUUGUUGCUUUUAUAGGAAUCAUAAAAGGAUCUUGCAUGAGUGAGCCCAAAAGAUGCAUACUCCUUUCCUAAUCCCUGUGGCAGAGAAAAAGAGGGAACACAUCCACAUACCACCCCGUGGUAAUUCCGUCCCCAUCCUUUUAAAUGUAAAUUAUGUAAAGACUCCAAGUAUUGUGUGAAAUGCCGCAUUUUCCUAGCUCAUAAUGACAAGCGUUCUCUCAGCUCAUAUUCUGCUUGCAAGAUACUAUGUAGGCCCCAUAUUUUAUUUUCCAUGGAAAAGGGAAAAAAUUCCAUGGAAAAAUGGACCAGUAGAAAUAGAAAGAAGAAUUUUGAUCAAGUCUAGGAAUAAAAUGUCAGACUGGAGAGAGAAAGAUCCCAUAACUGGUGAAGUCCACUAAUGAGCUGCAUAGCACUCUCACCCUUGUAUGGAAAAUUCUGGAACUCCUGUAUUUGCUCCCAUUUACAUGCUUUUGAACUUGGCUUCAGUUUCUUAUGUCCCUCAUCCCAUUUCACCAACUUUCCUACUUGUGUACACUCCAGUUAGUUGUUUUCUAAUCAUUUACAGUGUGCUUGUUGGAAAAGAUGUGGUCUUGGUUCCUCUGGAGACUGUGCCAUAUUACCAGUCAUUGAUGGGGGAGCCUAACUUGAUAUUGCAGGGGUUCUCAGACUUGGGAACCUAAAUCUUGUUGGAUUACAUUUCCCAUCAUCCCCCAAGCACAAUGGCCUUUCACCAUUGUGGCUGGGGAUGAAAGUCCACAGGUUGUAGUCCAGGGCUGCACUACUUGGGCCCUCCAGAAAAUGUUGAACUACAACUCCCAUAAUCCCUGACUAUUGGCCACUGUGGCUGGGAACGAUGGGUUGUAGUCCAAAAAUAGCUGGAGGGCCGAAGUUGUGCAACCUUGUUUAAGUCCAACAUUAUCUAGAGACCCAGGUUUAGAACUCCUGUGCUAAGCCAUGGCCUGAACACUGGCAACAGGCUCUAGCAUUUCUGUGUAGCUCUGAUGCAAAGAGGCAUUUACACACACACACACCCAAGGUCAAGAGUGCCAAGUGGGCAUAUAAUAAUAAGAGAGAGGUCCAGCCACUCAGCGCAAACAUAUUAUCAGCUACCAGUAUUAAACCUGGGUAGAGCACUGUUAUAUAUAAAAUACAAUACCUAAUAAAUACAUGGAAUUUGGUUUCAGCUCUGUUUUUGGUUACUCACCUGUGAAAAAUAAAGUCCUAAAUUCCUGAAAAGAA